UGUCAUACGUCCGAGUCAUCCAAUCCACGUCCAAUUAGCACGAUAUUUAUGUACUGUUCAGAGAUAAGGCUUAUCGGUGGAAGAAUUUAGUUAUCGAUAACCGCUCAACGUUCUGCGACAGCCUAUUUCGAUGAAAACUAUAUGUCAGAGUGGAGUCGAAGAUAUUGGCUUCCGUAAGGUAGACGUGAUGCUAUUCGAAUUUCAUCUGUUAUUUCACAGCAUCUUAUACGCUCUAGCGAGGGGCGAGGCUGAAAAUGCUACUAUUGAGAAUUAUCCUUAUCACAUAUCAGUGGAAUUUUCUGGUAAACAUUUCUGCAGCGGUGCACUUAUUACCGAAUCAUGGGUUAUAACAGCAGCAUCAUGCGUUUCUGGGCGGACGAUUUCUGACAUAAACGUACGAAUUGGCACGUCGAUCUCGUCAUUUGGAGGCACGGAAUUGGCAAUUGGAAAAAUCAUUGUACACGAUAACUUCGACAAAUACACAUACGACGAUGAUAUAGCUCUUCUGAAGCUCGAAAAUCCUAUAGAGUUCAAUGAUAAGUUACAGCCUAUCAUUUUACCAGUUGAUUACACUGUGGAGGAUGGCAGCAGCCUUUUGGUAACUGGAUGGAGAAAGAAGGCUUACGGAGGCUCAGAAUCCCAACUGAAGGUGACAGCUGUGCCAGUUGUAAAUCUGAAUACGUGCAACUCGACGAUGCCUGGCUUUAAGCCCUUAUCGCGGAGAAUGCUCUGUGCGGGAUAUAUGACGUCAGGCGUGGAAACGUGUCAGGGAGAUUCUGGAGCACCCCUGGUAACGGCUGACGAUACCAUUGUGGGAAUUUUGUCUUUUGGCUUAGGAUGUUUAUACAAUACGUAUCCUGGUGUUUACACUAGGGUCGGUAGCUAUUUAAAUUGGAUAUCCAGCAAUGCUGGUAUAUUAAUUUAAUAUUUUUUUUUAUACAAUAAUUCAAUCAAUUUAGAAAAUUUAAUUAUGCAUAUAAAAAAAAUUCUUGAUUAAUGUUAA